CCUGUGUUUUUCACAUGGUUUGUUUAUUCAUGGUUUAUUAGCUGAUUCUAGUCUAGACAGUUGAGGAGUUCUAAAGUCUAGAUUUUUAAAUAAUAUUUAGAAUCUGUAUGGGCCUUUUUAAAUUAGAACUGUUUUAAAACGAAUUAGAUCUAUUAUUAUUAUUUUUUGCAUUGCUGUUUAUCACAUUACUUACAGAAAUGCAGAGUGACGAUGUUAUCUGGAGUAUUAUUAACAAGUCCUUCUGUUCUUUCAAAGUAAAAACCAAAAGUCAGAAAUUUUGUAGAAACGAGUACAGCUUGACAGGUUUGUGCAAUCGCUCAACCUGUCCUUUAGCAAACAGCCAGUAUGCUACAGUAAGGGAAGAAAAAGGUGUUUGUUAUUUGUAUAUGAAAACUAUUGAAAGAGCAGCAUUUCCUCGUCGACUUUGGGAAAAAGUAAAGUUAUCCAGAAGCUAUGCCAAGGCCUUAAAACAGAUAGAUGAACAGCUCAUUUAUUGGCCAAAAUACAUGAUUCACAAAUGUAAGCAAAGAUUAACAAAAAUUACACAAUAUCUGAUUCGUAUUAGGAAACUCACAUUAAAGAGACAAAAAACAUUAGUUCCUUUAAGUCAAAAAGUGGAAAGAAGAGAAUCUAGACGAGCUGAAAAAGCUUUAAUAGCUGCUCAGCUAGAUAAUGUACUGGAGAAGAAUUUACUGCAGAGGUUAAAAGAAGGCACAUAUGGAGAUAUCUACAAUUUCCCCCAGAAAGCAUUUGACAAGGUGACAGAAGAAGAGGAAAUAUCUUCUGAUGAGGAAGAGACACUGCAGGAGGGUGAAGAGGAAGUAGAGGAGGAGAGAGAGGAUGAAUUAGAACUGGAGGAGGAAGAUGAUGAGGAGGGUGUUGGGGAUGUAGAAUAUGUCGCUGAUGAAGAUUUUGAUGAAAGUGAUCUCUCAGAUAUUGAAGACAUGAGUGGUUAUUCUGACUCAGCCUCAGAUAAAGAAGAAAGUGAUAAAGAAGAAGAACCCAAAGUGACGAAGGGCAAAUCCCUUGUAAAUAAAAAGAAAAAGAAGAAACCUCAGGUCCACAUAGAGUAUGAAGAGGACACACCCUCCACAUCCAAUGCUCAGAAAUUGACUUUUUAAUUAAAUGUUUAAUAGUAAAUGUGAUAUGAUAAUGUCA